UAUUUCUCUCUCCCUUCUCUCUCUCCCCCUUUUCUCUCUUUCUUUCGACCGUACGCAUGACAGAAUGCGUAUGAUCAUAAUUUCCUCCCCUGCUCAGAGCAGAUCAUGAAGGAGUCAAAAACAAGAAUAGCAAGGCACACGGAAAUCAAAUUUUUGUAGUUCUUUGGGUGUACUCAGUUUUGUUUAGAACAGGAUAUAUCAGGAUAUAUCAGCCUCACGCACUUGCAAGUACAUUCGCGCGCGCGCACGCACACACAUACAAUAAAGAGGGUGUAAGAAGAUAUAUUUAAUUCAAAGACAUCACUGAAGCAAUAUACAAUAUAGAGGAAUGACAUCACCUAUAUCUGUCGAAUAGCAACAUAGGUCAGUGAAAACCUGAACCAGUCAGUAACUAACACUGAUACAUUACAAUGUGUUUUCAUUAGAUAUAACAACACGCUGGUACUUUCACACUAUAUUAAAUAUAGCAGUCUAACUCUUUCCGAAAAGUUUUGGGAUGUGUUAAUUUCAGCAACAGAAAAUCAUGUCAUUAAAGAAAAUAACCAAUCUUCAUUGUAACUCUAUAUCUGAGAAGCAAAUAUAUUUGUUAAAACAUUUCACACUUUUGUGACAGGAAAAAAUGUUUAAAUACAACAGUCUACAGUACACUGGAUAUUUUCUUUAGCAAAAUACAUGAAUAAUACAAAAGAAGAUGGAAGCAGGUGUUUGUUUAAAAAUCCAGCUACUUUGCAGUUUAUUAAGCACUUGCUUUUUCAAACUCAUUCUUUCAAAUCAAAUUGAAAAUAAUACUGUUCUGUGUAAAUAUGAUUUUAGAAAACUAUCUGAAACCAGACUCUUUAGUAUCGAUGGAAAACGCCUGGAGACAACAGCUCGCGCAUUCAGUGAUAUCAAGACAACUUCCUCAGAAAACGAAUGUGUGAUUGAAUUAAAACAUUUAAAUAUACCACGUAUCGAAAUACGUAUUUUGAUCUAUUACUUUAAGUGUUCUGAUGAGCUGACUGUUAGGCUGGACACGACGGAUGUUGAGACCAUGCCACGCAAUAUUUUAUAUUUACAAUUUCAAAGUUGUUUAAUGUCCCAAGAAGAUGUUGGUAAACUAGAAAGUCUUUAUGAUUUGCGUGUGUUAACUUAUUUUAAGACUAUACCAUCAUCUGCUAUAUGGUCCGGGAGUAACGAAACUGACAAUGUAAACGGUAUUGAUAAUGUUGUUUCAUACAGUAUAAUAGGGGACAGAAAUUACUCUUCCACUUUACCAUGGGUAUUAACAGCGAACAAAACUUAUCCAACUAUAGCAGAAAUUACUCUCGACGGUAUCGGCUUAACCGAACUUCCUGAUGAAAUGCGAAUUAGAUUUCCAAAUUUGCAAUCACUAGAAAUACCCAAUAAUAAACUUAUUGAAAUUCCCAAGUUUCCAUAUACUGAGAGGACUUACAAACUUCCACUCGGGCUUUCUAGAACGCCAUUUAUGCAAAACCAUUAUGCAGACGUUUUCGGAAUUAAAGUGAAACCAAACUACUUCAGAAGAAUAUUAAAUUUGUACGGCAAUCAAAUUACAAAUCUACCCGAUAACUGCACUAGUGGAUCUUUACAAAUGCUAUCACUGGAAGAAAAUGGCGUAGUUAAUAUAUCUGACCAUGCUUUUUCAAAUAUGUACGGUUUAGAUACACUUACCUUGGCGAAUAACUUACUUAUACAGAUCGGGGAAAAGCAAUUCAGCUAUUGCAAUGAUCUUCAGAGUUUGAAUCUAAAAUUUAACAAAAUUUCCUGGAUUCAUUCAAGAGCUUUCAGACAUAAUAAAAAUCUUUUGAAAUUGGAUUUAUCCAAUAACAAGCUUGUUUCAUUGGAGGAAGGAAUAUUUACAGCAUUAGAUAAUAUGAAAACACUGAAUUUGGAAUAUAAUCAGAUUCAAAACCUUUCUUGCAAGAGUCUACCACUGUCUUCUAUUAAGUUAGAGGAAAUAAAUUUACGCAACAACAAUCUUGAAACCUUACCUAUAUGUUUCUUUUUGAUACGUAGGUUGAAACAAGUCGAUCUAAGUUUUAACCAGAUAGCGAUGGGAAAAGUAUCAAAUCUACUUGGGUUGAUUAACUCAUCAGAGCUCAUUCACAGUGUUGUCUAUUCAGCAAGUUCAUCAGUUGAUUUAUUCCGAAAGCCAGAAGAACGGCGAUUAAUUGAUCUCUCUUAUAAUCAAAUCCACCGAUUAGAUUUCAGUAAUUUCACUGAAUCUAACCGUCAUACCAUGUUGCUAAUUUUAUUAAAUUUUGAACUUCGUUUCACAGGUAAUUUAAUUGAAUGUGAUUGUCAUUUACUUCCACUUUUAGACUUCUUCAUUACUCACAGAGAAAAACAUUUUGAUGGAAGUGAAUAUUUUUACCAUAAAUGGAAAUGUGAUUCGCCAAGCGAAUUUAAAAAUACACCUAUUCUAUCUCUUAAAAAAGAACAGCUUUACUGCUCUGAAGCGAUGCCUCAUUGUCCGACUAAUUGCAUGUGUUACCGUCGUUUAGUACAGAAAACAGUUAUUGUUGAUUGCAGAUAUAGAAAAAUCACAGUCUUUCCUCUUACUAUGCCAGACGGUAAACUUGAAGUAUGGCUUCAGUUUAAUAACAUAACUAAACUUGUUAACAGGCCGUAUUUAUCUCAGAUUACACAUCUUAAUCUUACAAAAAACAGUAUUACUUCAUUGAAUUACACUGUGAUGAGAAAUAUGGUAAACCUCAAACAAAUGAUUCUGGAUUGGAAUCUUUUGACUACAUUACCUAAAGGAAUACAAAACGUUCAAUUUGAAGUCUUAAGUAUCAAUCAUAAUCAUUUUUUUUGCGAUUGCACAAAUAUAUGGCUGAAAAAAUGGUUACAGAAAUCAAGGGAAUCAAUUUUGAAUUGGCGAAGAAUUGUAUGUAAUACUGUAGGAGAUAAAGUUCUGGAUAUUGUAGUGGUUCCCAACGACAAAUUUAUCUGUAAUAAUCCGAAUGAUAAUUUCAAGAAGACAUUAACGUUAGGGCUAUCCCUUGCUCUAGCUAUUCUAAUUUUACUUGUUUGCCUUUUCUUACUCAUUCACUAUUGGUUGGAAAUAAAAGUUAUACUGUAUGUCUACUUAAAUAUUCACCCAUUUGACAGUAAUCCCGCCAAAAUAGAUGAUGGUUUAGAACCUAUUGAUACGCUUAUAGUGUAUUCUAAAUCACUUUCUGAGUGGGCUACCGAAAACAUUAUUAAGAAUCUCGAAAAGUUGAGUUUCAACGUCUUAGAUACGAACCGUGAUCUCCUGAUUGGUAUGAGUUUUCAGGAGAACAUGCGCGUAGCCGUGUCCCGAAGCAAAUACUGUAUCAUUGUUCUCUCUGAAGAAAGCAUCGAAGACCCACUGGUACAAAUAGCUCUUUCGUAUACUUAUGAAAAAACACUCUAUGGGAGACCAACAUAUAUUAUACUUAUCUUACACAAUAUUAAAAGAAAUGUAGUUAAAAAUAAAAAUCUUAAAAAAUACUUGUACAGUGGCCGUUUUAUAAAAUCUACAGACCACAUGAUGGAAAAGAAAUUAUUGUAUAUGCUAACCGGUAGAAACUUAUAUAACAAUCAUGAUAUCCCAUUACGCCGUAGAAAGUCUUACAAAGAAUUUUUUCCGGAAGUUUUGGGCUCUGCCAAUACUCUGAAUGAACAAAAGAAGUAUGAUAUUUUCAUUAGUUACCCUGACCAGACUUAUCAAUUUGCUACUGGACCUUUAUUAUCCACUUUACAAUCACGUGGCUAUUCCAUCUGCUUACCAGAUCGAGACUUUGUCGUCGGCUCAGCUAAAGAAGAAAACAUAUUGAGGGCCAUUAAAAGCUCAGUUAGAACCUUGAUUGUUAUCACUAAAUCUCAUGUGGAAGAUGAAUGGCAACUAUUUACUCUAAGAACAGCAGUCCAGUGUUCUCUUAAGAAACCUUUCAAUUAUUUAUUGUGUAUUUUAGAUGGUAUUGUAGAUAAGAGCAAACUCGAUCUUGAGACGCAGGCUUAUGUAACGUCUCAUGUUGUCAUUGACAAAGACGAUCCACUGUUAUGGAAGAAAUUGUUUCGUUCAAUCCCACCAGCAAGGACAAUUGAGAACUCCACAUCUGCAUUUGACUCAAGAAAAUCAUGAAGAUGUUACAUUAAAAAAAAUACUAAUAAGAAUUCACAGACUUAAAUACAUUAUAAAGAAACACUACCAUCAUCUUUUAUGUAUUAUUUAUUUCGUUUAAAAACCAUCAACAUUUGGAUCUUUUCCUUUUCAUGGGCAACUCGAUUAAUUA